AUGAUGCCCAGGCAUCAGGCAAGCAGCUUUGCCAAUGGGCACCCCAGGGAAAAGACGUUUGACUUCUCCCCUCAUAGAUUUCAACCUCGCGGUUCUGCUUCAGUAUCUCGAAAUCGCCAGAAGCUCUUCUUCCGAGUGGGAGCCGCCCUUUUCAUAAUCAUCAUUCUCUCCAUUUGGUUGUGGCCGAGUGGCUCCAUCGCCUCCAUCUUCUCCCUCGGACUCCUUUCCUCGGCCGGCGAUCUCGAGCUCGAAACAGUACGGUACUAUGAUUUGACCAAUGUCCAAGGAACCGCCAGAGGCUGGGAGCGAGAGGAGCGUAUCCUUCUCUGCGUGCCCCUGCGCGACGCCGAAGCGCACCUGGGCAUGUUCUUCUCACACAUGCGCAACCUUACCUAUCCGCAUAACUUGAUCGACCUCGCAUUCCUUGUGUCUGACUCCAAGGACAAGACGCUCGAGACUCUCUCCGAAAACCUCGAGGAGAUGCAACGCGACCCAGAUCCGAAGCAGCCCUAUGGCGAAAUUUCAAUUAUCGAGAAAGACUUUGGUCAGCAAGUCAACCAGGACGUCGAAAGUCGUCACGGCUUUGCAGCCCAGGCUACACGAAGAAAGCUGAUGGCGCAGGCCCGUAACUGGCUCCUUAGCGCUGCACUGCGCCCCUACCAUUCGUGGGUGUACUGGCGAGAUGUGGACGUGGAAACUGCGCCCUUUACCAUUCUCGAGGACCUCAUGCGACACAACAAAGAUGUCAUUGUGCCAAAUGUUUGGCGUCCACUCCCAGACUGGCUAGGUGGAGAGCAGCCGUAUGAUCUCAACUCUUGGCAAGAAUCGGAGACGGCUCUUGCUCUGGCAGACACUCUGGAUGAGGAUGCUGUCAUUGUCGAGGGCUACGCCGAGUACGCUACUUGGCGACCUCACCUGGCAUACCUCCGAGACCCGUACGGUGACCCGGACAUGGAGAUGGAGAUUGACGGCGUCGGCGGUGUCAGUAUUCUAGCCAAGGCCAAGGUGUUCCGCAGCGGCGUCCACUUUCCGGCUUUUAGCUUCGAGAAGCACGCUGAGACCGAAGGGUUCGGAAAGAUGGCAAGGCGUAUGGAUUACUCGGUUGUUGGACUGCCUCACUACACCAUUUGGCACUUGUAUGAGCCCAGUGUUGACGAUAUCCGCCAUAUGGAGGAGAUGGAGCAGGAACGCAUUGCGCGCGAGAAGGAGGAAAAGAAGAUGCAGAAGAUAAAGGAUGAGUUUUACGACGGCGAUUCCCAGUGGCAGAAGGACAAGCAGGACAUGCAAGAGUUGUCUGCCCAGCAGGAGCGACAGAUGGACUCCAACAAGGCUCAAAUCGACGAUGAUGAAACCAGCGUCAAGGUUGACAAUCAGGCCGACAAGGCCGACAGCACGGCCGAUAACAACGAGGUCGAUAGCGAGGCCGACAGCAACGCCGGAAGCAACGCCGGUAGCAAAAAGGGGCAAGCGGUUUGA